UUUUUAUUAUUAUUAUUAAUAACAUUCCACUAUCUUCGUGGUAACAAUGUCCCUGCGUACUCUCCCUCUUCUCUUUAUUAAUCUUGGAGGGGAAAUGUUAUAUAUCCUGGACCAGCGAUUGCGGGCACAGAACAUCCCCCCUGACAAAGCAAAGAAGGUCAUGAAUGAUAUCAUAACCACAAUGUUCAACAAGAAGUUUAUGGAGGAGUUGUUUAAGCCGCAGGAGUUGUAUUCUAAGAAGGCCCUCCGCACUGUAUUCGACCGCCUGGCUCAUGCUUCUAUCAUGAGACUAAACCAAGCAAGUAUGGACAAGCUCUAUGACCUGAUGACCAUGGCAUUCAAGUACCAGGUUCUGUUGUGCCCUCGCCCUAAGGAUAUACUUCUUGUAACUUUCAAUCACAUGGAUGCCAUAAAAGACUUCAUCCGAGAUUCACCAAGCAUCCUUAACCAAGUGGAUGAAACUUUCCGUCAACUGAUUGAUAUGUAUAACUGUCUGCCAUCUGGAGAAUUUCAGCUUAUCAGGCAAACCCUCCUUAUCUUCUUUCAAGACAUGCAUAUCAGGGUGUCUAUAUUCCUAAAGGAUAAAGUUCAAAACUCCAAUGGACGUUUUGUGCUACCCACAUCUGGGCCAGUGCCCUGUGGUACUGAGGUGCCUGGACUUAUCAGGAUGUUCAAUUGCAAUGGAGAAGAAGUUAAAAGAGUCGAGUUCCUGAACGGUGGGAAUUAUGUCAGUCCUCUCCGAGAAGGAUCAUAUGAGCUGUUUGGAGAAAGAGUCCUUAAACUUGGGACUAACAUGUACAGUGUAAGUCGUUCUGUCGAGACCCACAUGUCUGGGACAUUGAAAAGCUCGGCUUCACACACCAAGGAGAAUGUGGCACCAAAUCCACUGGCCAAGGAAGAGUUAAACCUUCUAGCAAAACUUAUGGGUGGCCUGGAACUGAAAAAGACAUCUGGGAGUGACAACAGUUUCCGGCUGAACCUAUUCACCAGUGAUGAAGAAGAAGAGCAUGCGGCACUAACAAGACCAGAAGAGCUCUCAUAUAAAGUCAUUAACAUUCUCGCCAGUGAAGACCAGGAGAGAAAUAAGGAACUUUCCCGAAUCAUGGGAGAGUUCCGUUCAGAAGAGAUGUGCAUCCAGAGUACUAGCAAAGGAGAUGAUUUACUAGCCAUGAUGGAUGAGCUGUGAGAGUGGAGAUUAUUGUACUACCAUGAAAAGCUUUUAACUGUGGAAGACAACAGGAACUGUUCCUAGAGGCCUAGUUUUAUUGUGGCACUAUGAACUGUAGCUAGUGCUCUUGGUCUGUUUAUGCCGAGUAGCCAUACCUCAUUUGGACUUUUGGUUUCCAUCUGAUUACUUACCAGAAGCUUAGCCAAUAGUAUAUUGCCUUUUCCUCUGUAAUGUGGGAUGCCUUCAAUACAGAGCCUGAGAUUUUGCAUGUUUAAAAGAAA